GCCUGAUAUUUUCUUCUCACGAACACAGGGUUGUGAUCGCGUUCAUUGCCGAAGAUAUCAAGAAUCCCAACUGGACUGUUCCCCUUGCCAUGCUGAUCAGCUUGCCUCUCAUCACAGUCAUCUAUGUCUUGAUCAAUCUGUCUUAUCUGACUGUUCUUACGCCUGAAGAGGUUCUUAAAUACCCGUCCAUCUCAACGAUAUUUGCCCGUCGAGUCCUCGGCGAUAAAUGGGCGUGGUUCAUGCCUGUGACUGUCGCUAUUUCAACACUCGGCGCAUUUAAUGGGCUCAUCAUGGGAAGUGGCAGGCUUUUGAUGGUAGCAUCCCGAGUAAACUGCGCUCCAGAGAUCUGGUCUAUGCUGAGCAUCAAAAGGAACACACCCACUGCGGCCUUCCUGACAUACAUUCCAAUCAGCCUGAUCAUGAUGCACAUUGACGGCUUGACCAUCGUCUUAAAGGAGCUAGCAUCCUUCGGCUGGAUGUCGGUAGCUAUAUCCUGCAUCGUGCUGCUGAUUGUGAAGAAAAAGGUGCCGGACAUCGAGAGACCUUAUGAGGUUCCCAAAGCGUUUCCCAUCAGCUUUCUGAUCAUCAGCCUGAUCCUCAUCGGUUACUCGGUGUACCUCAACCCCGUCGCUGUAGUCGUCACGACGGUCGUGGCUAUAUCCUUCAUACCGAUCAAGAGAUUCAUCUACGACAAGCUGAUUCAGAGGUGGCCACAGUUGCUACGUCAUGGAGAGAGGAUUACGUUAUUCCUUCAGAAGCUUCUCCUAGUUGUUCACCAGGAACAUCAAACCUAUUGAAUCAAAUCGGUUAGAUACUCCGGGUGUGCAGCCCAACAGAUGGGAGAGAUACAUCAAAGAUCAACGCUGGCCUGAGAAGUUCUGAAGUGCCAAUUUUUUUAUGACUUUUGCAAAUUGCAAAUUUCCCAGUAAAUGUUCCAAGAUAGCUCAUGACUGUGGGUUUGACUAUUUUGUUUAACAUUUCUCAGACACUGUACUUAUGUAUAACACCCCUUCACCGUUAGAAUUCUAAAUGUUGAGUUCCCCGGUUCUUUUCAGAACCUCACAAACUCACAAAAGAGAUUUGUCACAUGGUGCUACCGUAAAAUUUUAUCUUAUUGCUACCUUCACCAUGCAAACCUCCAAAUCUUAACUGUAUUUAUGUACAAUCUUAUUUUACACAAAUUCGUUUUGACACUGAAAGAAUGAUGUAUGAAACUUUUCUAGUUAUUUUCAUAUUUAUUCUCAUCUAUUCUCAACUUCAACAAUUACUCAUAAUUACAAUUUUAACAUGAGUAUUUUCGUACUCUCUGUGUGUCUUCCAUGGAAUAUGACUACAGAUUACUAGUCAAAAAUUCAGUCCCAUACAAUUACUCUGUCUUUUUUUCUGUUAACAAGAUACAGGACAGAAUUUAUUGAGACUUAAAGAAUUAAAACUGUACUUAAUAUAUGUUUUGCUUUCAAUUUACUUUCAUUGAAAAAAAAAUCAGAUAAGCAGAUAAAAUGUUUACUAUGCUUUAAUUCAGUCUUAAGAUAUAUUCUCUGUCCUUUCCAAAAAAUAGAUAGCAAUUGAAUGAGGGGUGUGCAUUUACGGGUAAAACAGGAACCGGGUACCCGAUUGACGUUAAAGAAACCCGACCCAAAAAUUCAGAUCUUGGAAAUUGCUCUUUAGAUUGUUAAUGAAGGUCCGCACGAUAAUAGUGCACUACAAUAAGCAAGAUACAGGUGUGUACACUGUACAGUGAGCAUAGCUUUACGGUGUAAACUGCAACUUUUGUGAGUGUCAUAAACGUGAACUAUGUUUUGUUUUCCCAUGUUGCCUGGUUUUCAUUUUGAAAAUUCCCCAUUCAAAACCUUUUUUUUCAUUGUCCGAGAACUUUGUGAGCAAUUUGUAAAGUUGGUUACGGAUACCCGAUCCCAUAAUCUGGAACCGAUUCCUGACAUCAGCGGUCGGGUACUCGGGUACCUGGUUCUGAUGCACAGCCCUAACUUGAAUAAACAUAUCUAAGUCAUGUGACUCAAGUGGAAUUA